AAAUACGGUAGACGAGAGACAAUGACGAUUCUACCCCGUCGCAGUUCAACGAAUUGCUGGGAAUGCCUAGAAAUGUAAAAAUCGCAUCCGGUCCGGCAAAGGCCAACAUUCCACUCCUCCGCUUCCCUCCUGCUAUCGCUCAACACAGUGGCGCUCGCUCAAUUCUCCGGCUCCGGAGCAAAAACCUCGAGCCAGCUAAUUGCCGCCGUUCCAGCUGCGUCGCGUUCUUCCAGUCCAUAACCCCAAUUCUCUCCGGAGAUUCGUCGAUUCUACGGCCUCUCUCUGGCUCGCCAAAGGUAUAUGCUCAAUGCCGCCUCGGCCUUCAUUCUCGCGGGAACUCUAGGUUAAGGUUAUUUCUCCCAAUUUUGGCGUACUUCCCCGAUCGAAAUGGCUUGCUGGUCUGUCGUUGCUGUUGGGGAUGCUGUCUUUAGAUUUAGUUCUUUUGGUUGAAUUCGUCGGUAUUGGGGUAAUUUGUUCUGCUUUUGCUGCUUAUGUGGCUGAUGGCUGAUUCAGCAAUGGGUCUAUCUGUGGAACGACUUCCUUGAGUGCUUGAAAUGUUCUGUAACGUGAAAAUCCUACCUCAUUGACUGAUAUUCGCUUGUAUUGCGCUUAAUAACAAUCCACUUAAGCUUCCUGAUGGUUUCAAAUCGUCCAUGUAUUGCAUUAGGAGCUUCUAUCUCUAGCCAUCUUUGAGGUUGUCUAUUUGCUCACCUGAAAACAUCUGGCUGCGUCCCUGGUGGGCAGUUGUUUUGAGGGGUUUUCGGAAUGGAUUAAGCAGCAACAACUUGAGUUGUGUUGAUAGAUAAUAUGUGUCGAUUUUCAUUUCAUCUGCUUUAUGGGUAAUUGAUUUUGAGAUGGGGCUUUUGAUUUUAUUAGUUAGGGUAGUUCUGCAAUGGCGUCUGUAUCUAGCCAGCCACAGUUCCGUCUCACUCAACCGCCUUCGAAGGUGCUGCACUUAAGAAACUUGCCAUGGGAAUGCACGGAGGAAGAGUUGAUCGAGCUGGGGAAACCCUUUGGUAAAGUUGUAAACACUAAGUGCAAUGUGGGUGCAAACAAGAAUCAGGCUUUCAUUGAAUUUGUGGAUCUGAAUCAAGCCAUUGCUAUGAUAUCAUACUAUGCUUCAUCUUCAGAGCCGGCUCAAGUGAGAGGGAAGACUGUCUAUCUGCAGUAUUCUAACAGGCAAGAAAUUGUGAACAACAAGACAACAGCUGAUGUUGCGGGAAAUGUAUUGCUUGUGACCAUUGAAGGUGCCGAUGCUCGCCUUGUCAGCAUUGAUGUCUUGCACCUGGUAUUUUCUGCUUUUGGUUUCGUGCAUAAGAUUACAACUUUUGAAAAGACGGCUGGGUUCCAGGCGCUCAUUCAAUUUUCUGACACUGAGACUGCUACAUCUGCAAAAAAUGCUCUUGAUGGAAGAAAUAUUCCUAGCUAUCUGCUCCAUGACCAAAUCGGACCAUGUACACUUAGGAUCACGUACUCUGCUCAUACGGAUCUGAGUGUAAAAUUUCAGAGCCAUAGAAGCAGGGACUACACAAAUCUAAGCCUUCCUGUUGCACCAUCAGCUAUUGAUGGAAGUGGUCUGUUCACUGUUGGUCAGGAUGGGAAAAAGCUAGAGCCUGAAAGUAAUGUCCUCCUUGCAUCAAUAGAGAACAUGCAGUAUGCUGUCACAUUGGAUGUUCUCCACAUGGUCUUCUCUUCUUUUGGACCUGUUCAGAAGAUUGCUAUGUUUGACAAAAACGGUGGACUUCAGGCUUUGAUUCAGUACCCUGAUGUCCAGACUGCUAUGGUAGCCAAAGAAGCAUUAGAAGGACACUGCAUUUACGACGGUGGCUUUUGCAAACUUCAUCUCUCAUACUCCCGCCAUAAUGAUCUCAGCAUAAAGGUCAAUAAUGACAGAAGUAGGGACUACACUAUCCCCAAUACUCCAAUGAUGAACCCUCAGCCUUCAAUCCUGGGACAGCAGCCAAUGGGCGGAGGUCCCCUUCAGCCAUACAGUGGAGGUCAGUAUCCUCCAACGGCCGAGCAUCAAAUGAUGCCGCCUCAAGCUUCAGCCGGAUGGGGUGCCGGUGUUCCUCCAGGUCCUCAUUCAAUGCCGCAGCAGAUGAAUAGUAAUGCAUACACGCCACCGGGUGGGGGCAAUAAUUAUGCGUACAUGUCAUCAGGCGGGGGCAAUAAUAACGCGUACAUGCCACCGGGUGGGGGCAAUAGUAACGCGUACAUGCCACCAGGUGGUAUGCCCCCUCACGGUGGGCAUGGAAUGAUGCAUAUGUCAGCCCAUGGUGGCAUGCCGCCACCAUCUUCUUCAAUGCCUCAUCAUUAUAGGCCUGCUCAAUAGCAUCUCCCCUUUUCUCGUGGAAUGAGGAGAAGGGCAGAGACUUGGAUCACCAGUUCAGAACCAAUGUUGCAGCAAUCUCUUUCCCUUUCAGAUUGCAGCAGAGGGUGCUGGCUGACCUACUAGUGUUCUGAACUACAAAGGUUUAUAUUGUUGGCUGUAGAAUUGAAACGUUUCGAGGUUGUAUUUUGUUGGAGGAUAAUGCAGAUAUGUGGUAAUGUGGUUGAAAUUUUAUGUUUUUCAUCGAAGUUGGAUAUUUGCAUGAUUCAUCUACUGUUGAGUUUGCUGCUAUACUUUUCUUUGCUAGAAAGUUUGCUGCUAUUUCUGGUGUUGAGAAACAGGAAAACAUGAAGGUAAGCAAGUGGCCAAAAGAGGCUACUUAUGGCUCUUCAUGUCCCGGCCUUUUUGGUCUAUAACUAUGCAGAAAUAUCAGAUUUGCAUAUGGGAUAGUUGAGUGUAAUGGGUGCUUGGUUUAUUCAUUGACUUACAGUACUUUCUUGGAGUUGAAGCUGAAUCAUAGUGUACGCAAUGAUGGCUGAAACCAUGGACUUCAUUGAAGCUUUCGUUAGGGUUUUGGUAUCAGAGGAAGAGUGCAAGUGGUCUUAUGGGUUAUAUUUAUAUAGCAUGUGGCCUACUUAGAGUCCAAUGGAACAUUUGCUCAUCUUCAUAACCAUAAGCUUUGUUUAAACUUUAAAGGCUCUUUUUCAACCUUUUGUGGAUCAAUAUAAAUUAAUUUGUUAUAUCAUUUCCGAUUUGAAUGGGGUGAAAUUGUUGUGCAAUUGAAUUAUCAAUGAUGGGGAACGAGUUUUCUCACAAUUACAUAGUUUAGUUAUCUAAUUUGAGUUGAGGUUGAGCCGACGAGAAAUGAACAAUAUAGAAAUUAAACGGAAGAUAUAAUUGAAGUUUAAGGCUACACCGACUUGACUUGAUGUAGUUGAGAGGAAACAUGAGAGCGUCAUUAUUUAUGUUUCUCACUUUUCGUUUUCAUUUUUAUUUUUGUUAAUGUGUUUGAAUAAAUAAAAUAAAAAUUA